UUCUGAUCGUCCUGGACAGAAAUCGAUUAUUAAAAUGGAUGUCAAGCAUAAUCCAAAAAAAGAAGUGAUCGAACGAAGUCUGAAUGCGACUGAAAAAGCGAUCGAAUCGAUUCGUGAAGGUGACCUAGUCCGUCGUCACACUGUUUUGGAGCUCCGUGACAUGCAAAUUUCGAUGAGUGAGGAUUUCGAUCAAAUCCGUGGAAUGAUGCAUGAAUUGGAUCACCAAAUUGACAAGGAACGCGCUGAAAAUUCGAAAUGGAUGAAUCGGAAAAUGGAGAAGGCCAAGGCAACUGCUGAUCAGGCGUUGGCCUCUACACUGAUGGUCAAGGACGUCCAGCUGUUGGAAAAGAAGGUCAAUAUUCUGAAGGAUUCUGUGAUUCAAGUUAACAAGGCAUUCUACAAGUAUGAGAAGGAUGUUGACAUGAAAGAUUUGAUGGAUCAAGUUACUGACAUGGUGCAUCGUACGGAAAAGAAGGAGCAAGAUGCGUUGGAGCCCCAUGCGACUGAUGAGCAAGCUAUCGAGAAAGCCUUCCGUGGAGCAAUUGAAGGCCUUUAUGGCCUGAAAUCUUCCAAUCCAAAGGUCAUGGAGGAAGCUAAGCUGUUGGCUGGAGAAAUGCGUGUUUUCAGAGAUGCUGCUGCUAACAAGAACUUCCACUCGAUGAUCUCAAAAGUUGCGCCUGGUAAAUCGGGAGUUUCCUUGGAUUCCAGCAGCUCUGAGAGCUCAUUUUCGACUUCUGCAUCCUCCUCGCUGGCCAAACCGAAUGGAAAGUCGUCUUCUUCCGCUGCUUCGUCUAUAUCUGGAUCGCAUUAAUUUCUACAUGUAUUUCCCCAUUGAUUGAACUGUCUUUUUGUAUUGUAUUGUGAGAGAAGAGAAUAAAUAUUGAUUUUUGGAAAA